GCUUACCUCAUCACGCUCAUCUCAAUGAUGAAGUUGGCCACUAUCUCAGUUGACUCACUCAUGAUAAAACUGAGCUUCACUUGAGCUAACUCGUAAAAAUCGCGAAAUCAUCAGAAAAUGGCAGUGACGGAAUCAACUCGAGCCCAAGUGGUCGGGGCAUUGGCUUGUCAACAGAACUCGUAUCUUCGCACGCUAGAAGCAGAGGUCAUCUCAUGUGCGAAGAGACCUCCACCAACAGCAAAGAAGAACGGCAAGAAAAACACUGCGGAACCAGCCGCCGAUAGUUGCGACGCCGACGUGUGGUUGAUCGAAUUUGCCGACUCCGUUCUCUUUCCCGAAGGCGGCGGACAACCGUCUGAUCAUGGAUCAAUCACGCCUCUCUCAAGCCCAGAUGCAACCGCCAUCCCAAUACAGUAUGUCGAACGUGUUGGGCUACGAUGCGUCUACCACUCCCCCCAACCUCUGAGUCCUGGUGAAAAGGUACGCCAGGAAGUCGAUUUCCAGCGCCGAUGGGAUCAUAUGCAGCAGCAUACGGGCCAACAUCUCUUGUCCGCCGUCAUGAACACCCAUGACUCCCUCAGCACUCUCGGCUGGGGUAUGGGAAAGACUGGGGCAAUGAACUACGUCGAUAUCCCGCGGAAACCUUCGGAUGCGGAACUCCAGGCCAUCCAGGCCCGAUGUAACGAGAUCAUUCGCGCCAGCUUCCCAAUCACAGUCGAAACUCCGGACGAUGCCAAGGUCCAUAAGAUGCCGGAGGACUAUGAUCAGAGUAAAGGAGUUGUCCGUGUAAUUCGGAUCGGUGACAUUGACCGCAACACAUGUUGCGGCACUCACCUUUCCCAAACAUCCCACAUCUCACUCAUCCUCGUCCACCACGGUGAGCCAGUCCACGGGAAGAACUACCGCCUGUACUUCUCCGUCGGGGAUCGAGCCAUCAACCUCGCCACAGCCUCUCUCGGUGCAAUGAGCUCCCUCUCAAAGCUGCUGUCGUGCAAAAACACGUCCUAUGAAGUAGUUCAGACCGUGAAGACUGUGCAGAGCUCCGCGACGGAUCUCAAGAAGAGGGAGAAGAAACUGCUUGCCGAUAUUGCCGAAUUUGAAGCAGACGCCGCCAAGACCAAGCUGCAGUCUACCAAGAGUGUCUGGGUUCACCGAGCGGAUGGCAACGCAGACUUUGUGAAGUGGGUUACCGUCGGCGUCAAGGACGCUGUGAUGGCUUGCGGUGGGGUAAUUGUCUUGGCUACUGGCGAUGAUGGUAACAGCGGACAAAUCUCUGUUCUUGGUGGGAAGGCUGCUGUUGAGGCGCUGGUACCAAAAAUCAAGGACGCUGUAACCGGGGUAAAGGGCGGCGGUGGUGGGGAGAAGUGGCAGGGAAAGGUCACAACAUGGGAAAAGGGGAGCUUGAAAGCCCUGAAGGAGUUAGUGGAGGCACUUUAAAUAUAAAG